AUGGCUGCCCCUGGGGUCCAGUCACUCAAGUGCGUCGUGACAGGUGACGGUGCCGUUGGCAAGACAUGUCUGCUCAUCUCCUACACAACGAAUGCCUUCCCCGGCGAGUAUAUUCCCACAGUGUUCGAUAACUACUCUGCCAGCGUUAUGGUCGAUGGCAAGCCUAUCAGCCUGGGUCUAUGGGAUACUGCCGGCCAAGAGGAUUACGACCGACUACGACCACUCUCCUACCCUCAGACCGACGUCUUCCUAAUCUGCUUCUCCAUCGUGAGCCCGCCCUCCUUCGACAACGUCAAGGCUAAGUGGUAUCCCGAGAUCGACCAUCAUGCGCCUAACAUCCCCAUCAUCCUCGUCGGAACCAAGCUCGAUCUCCGUGAAGACCCCGCGACCCUUGAGUCUCUCCGCCAGAAGAGAAUGGAGCCCGUCUCGUACGACCAGGCUCUGGUGUGCGCGAAGGAGAUCCGAGCCCAUAAAUACCUAGAGUGCUCAGCUCUGACGCAGCGAAACCUGAAGAGCGUCUUCGACGAGGCCAUCCGUGCUGUUCUCAACCCUCGGCCACAGCCCACGAAGCCCAAGGGCAAGAAGUGCACCAUCCUGUAA